AUGCUCGCAAGAGUACUUAAGUCUGCCUCUUCCCAGCCUUCCACACCCACCCAGACACCCAGCUCCCCGUCCAAGUCACACAAUAACAACAACAACAUGGCAGCCCCAGCCAUCCCCCAGCCCUCCCCCUCCAAGUCGAGGUCGGACCGCUCAGCGGCAAAGGAGAACCAGCCCGCCCCAGGUGCUGCCGGCGACCGCUCCAGCUACCUCUCCUUCCUUUGGGCCCAGGAGAAGGCGGCCAAGUCAAAGGGCGGAGACGAGGUGCACGACCCCCGCCCCGCCUACUCGGCCGACGACGUCCACAUGCAGACCUACAAGGGCACAGCCAACCCCGCGGCGCUCAAGAACCUUGCCGCGCCGCCAUCCCCCACCAAGGGCCAGCACCAGUACCACUACAUCCAGCCCGCCCAGCAGCAGAGCGGCCGCGAGUUACUCGGUGUCCCCGGUGGCAACGCCCAGCGGGCCUUUGACGAGGACAUUCGUAUGCGCACUGCCAAGAUUGAGACGCAGAAAGAGCAGCGUGUGCUCGAGCCGUGGCAGAUCGAGCUGCUCGAAUCGCCAGAAGUCAGGCGCAAGGCGACGGUCGCACAGCUCUACUUCCUCGACUAUUACUUCGAUCUCCUUGGUUACAUCUCGAGCAGGAAAAAGCGUUGCGACACGUUCAAGGCCGACACUGCUGCCCGUAACGUGACUGGCCCUGAGCUCGCCAAGGAGGUUCAGAGCUACAAUGGUCGUGAGCGUGUCCUGCUCCGUAAGCGUCGUACCAAGCUCCGCAUCGACCACUUCCGUAUCAUUGCCCAGGUCGGCCAGGGUGGCUACGGCUCGGUCUACCUUGCUCGCAAGGCCGACACGCACGAAAUCUGUGCCUUGAAGAAGAUGCGCAAGGGUACUCUUGCCAAGAUGGACGAGGUCAAGCACGUCCUUGUGGAGCGUGAUAUUCUCACCGCCGUCAAGACGCCUUGGCUGGUGCGCCUCCUCUAUGCCUUCCAGGACCAGGAGCACGUCUACCUUGCCAUGGAGUACGUGCCUGGAGGUGACUUCCGCACUCUCCUCAACAACUCGGGUGUGCUCAAGGAGGAGCAUGCCAGGUUCUAUGCUGCAGAGAUGUUCGCUGCUGUCAACGAGCUCCACAAGCUUGGUUACAUUCACCGUGACCUCAAGCCCGAGAACUUCCUCGUUGACGGCACCGGCCAUGUCAAGCUUACCGACUUUGGUCUCGCCACUGGUGCUCUCAACCCCCAGAAGAUUGAGGAGAUGAAGCAGAAGCUCGACCAGGUCAAGGACGAGAACCUUGUCUUCCGUAGCACACUCGAGCGCCGCACAAUCUACCGGUCUAUCCGCAUGACUGAGCCUCGCUACGCCGACUCGGUUGUCGGUUCGCCAGACUACAUGCCUCCAGAGGUUCUCCGUGGCAGGACCUACACAUACUCCGCAGACUACUGGUCGCUUGGCUGUAUCCUGUUCGAGUUCCUGUGCGGCUUCCCUCCUUUCUCGGGUUCCACACCCGAGGAGACUUGGGCCAACCUCAAGAACUGGUCGCGCGUUCUUCGUCGCCCGGUCUACGACCGCCCCGAGGACUUGAUCUUCAACCUGACGGAUGUGGCGUGGGAUGCCGUGGUUCGCCUCAUUGCCCACCCCAAGGACCGUGUCGCGUCGCUCGCCGACGUCCAGACGCUCCCCUUCUUCUCUUCGCUGCCCUUCGGUCAGCUUCGCCAGUUGCCGGCACCCUUCGUCCCCGUCCUCGACGGCGAGACCGACGUCGGCUACUUUGACUCGUUCACGUCACCAGAGGACAUGGCCAAGUACGCCGAGGUGUUCAAGAAGCAGCGCGACGUCGAGGCUGUCAAGGAGAAGGGUCAGGGCAACCGUAACAACUGGGUCGGCUUCACCUUUGGCCGCAACGUUGCGCCUGUUGGCCCGCCACGCCUUGUCAAGCCGGCCGACGAGCCCCUCGAGACCAUUUUCUGAGCCUGCUGCUGCUGCUGUUUUGAUAACAUAACCUGCCUGCAUACAACAACGCCCCCCGUCCCCGUCCUGCUUUCCAACCGAACAUUGUGUCAUCAGUUUCCCCCAUCUCCCGUAGCCUGAUACACCAGCCGCCAGGCUUUAUGUGACGAACCCUGUGAUGACAUGCCAAGCUACUACUUGCUACAAUA